AUGUUCCACGUGCGGUCCGCCUCCGAUCCGCCGUCGCCCACCUCGGCGCCGGCUCACUGGGACAGCCGGCCGGUGACGCCGCUGGCGUCGCAGCCCGACAAUGUCGACGCCUAUGCGAAGAGGCCUCUGCCGCCUCUGCCGCCCAUGACGAACCGGGCCGUCGUCCCGCCGCCUCUCAACAUCAGCAAGAGGAAGAGCAAGCCGGAUGCCCUGCCAGUGGGGCCGGGCUUGGGGCCGGCCUCGACCGACGCGCUGCAGAUGGAAUUUGAAGCUGAAUCACGAACCGCCUCGCCCCGCCUCUCGCCGAGGACCCCUGCCAGGAGCUCCAACCUUCCUCCCCGGAUGUUGAACCCUCCCAGUCCCGUCCAUAGCCUCAAGCACCGCCAGUCCAAGAAGGUGCUGCAGCUCAUGGGCCACGAUGUCGACGUUACGAAUCUCAUGGGCACCGUCUCUCAGGAGCCCGAGAAGGAGCCUGUCACUCGAAGCAGCCGAAGCUUUGAAGACCCCUUCUCUCCAAAGUCGACGAACCAUUUACAGCCACCGGAAGAAGGGCUGGUGCCGGUUCUGGAAGACGACGACGGCAUGGCUAGUUUAUCAAGCAAGAAGAGCUCUUGGGGACCGGGAUCGCCGCACUCUGCGUCUGCAUUCCCCCUGGGUCCCAAGUCGUCUGUCCGCCGCCGCCGCAGUGCCCGAAUUUUCGAAACGGAUGGCCUGGGCCAAUUUGCUGCACAAGAGGAUGCCUACAUGUCCCCGGCCGCGGAUCCGGAGGAACAGGAGUUCCUAAGCGACGAGGAGGACAUGACUGCCGGCGAGUACCACAAGUUUGCCGCCGAGCUAGCUGCGUCUUCUGUACGGAAGAUUAGCGUCGAGGAGCCUGUUGAAGAGCCAAAGGGAAGACGAUCAUCCAUCAUGAGCUUCAGACACGGCUCCCAGUUUGGCCGCCUGCGACGGCGACCAACGACUGCCGACCCCAACACACGGAGGACGGGCAGCAGCAGCUCUGCCGAGGGACCAUCGCAGGCGCCCGCUGCUCCCGAGCCCGAGCCCGAGGAGCCCGCCGAGCCCAAGAGCAUGUUUGAGGAGAGCGACUCGGACAGCGAUCGGCCGAGCAGCCGGUCGCGAUGGCGCAGAGACCGCUUCUCGCACAGGAGCGAAGAGCGCAACCGGGACUCCCGAGAUGAGGACUCGAGCCUGAAGCGAGGACUCGUCAAGUCUCGGUUGUUGGGGGUUGGCAGGAGACGAAGGGACCAGCAAGCCGAAUAA